AUGAGCUGUUGCUUUAAGAAGCGCCACUCACGUGACCAACGACGCCCUAGUGCCUUUACCCGCACAUACACACUGGCCAAUCUUGAGGUGGAACGCCUCUUUGCCGUCCCUCCCCAGCAGGCGCCCUCCCAACCCCGGAGUCUGCAGAAUAGCUCUCAGUUCAUGAAACACACCAAACGAAGGAAGCUGACGGUGGAGGACUUCAACAGGGCUCUCAGGUGGAGCAGCGUGGAGGCUGUGUGUGGCUAUGGGUCCCAGGAGGCCUUGCCCUUGCGCCCCGCAAGGGAGGGUGAACUCUACUUCCCAGAGGAUCGAGAAGUGAACCUGGUGGAGCUGGCACUAGCCACCAACAUCCCCAAGGGCUGUGCAGAGACAGCUGUCAGAGUUCAUGUCUCCUAUCUGGAUGGCAAAGGGAACCUGGCGCCUCAGGGAUCAGUGCCCAGUGCAGUGUCUUCUCUGACAGAUGACCUGCUCAAAUACUACCAGCAAGUGACACGGGCUGUACUGGGAGAUGACCCACAGCUGAUGAAGGUUGCCCUCCAGGACCUGCAGACAAACUCCAAGAUUGCAGCACUCCUGCCUUACUUUGUUUAUGUGGUCAGUGGGGUAAAAUCUGUAAGCCACGACCUGGAGCAACUGCACCGACUACUGCAAGUGGCACGGAGUCUGAUACGGAACCCACACCUGUGCUUGGGACCCUAUGUCCGAUCCUUGGUGGGCAGCGUGCUUUACUGUGUCUUGGAGCCACUGGCCGCCUCCAUCAACCCUUUGAAUGACCACUGGACUCUGCGAGAUGGGGCUGCCCUUCUACUCAGUCACAUAUUCUGGACGCAUGGAGACCUUGUAAGUGGCCUCUAUCAGCAGAUUCUGCUGUCCCUGCAGAAGGUCCUGACAGACCCUGUUCGGCCUCUCUGUUCUCACUAUGGGGCAGUGGUAGGGCUGCAUGCUCUAGGCUGGAAGGCAGUGGAGCGAGUCCUCUACCCACAUCUGCCCACUUACUGGACAAACUUGCAGGCUGUGCUGGAUGACUAUUCUGUAUCUAAUGCCCAGGUCAAAGCGGACGGGCACAAAGUGUAUGGAGCCAUUCUGGUGGCCGUAGAACGACUAUUGAAGAUGAAAGCUCAGGCAGCAGAGCCCAACCGCGGUGGCCUUGGCGGGAGAGGGUACCGUCCUGCGGAGGACCUGCCUUGGGACAGCCUUCUCCUACAAGAGUCUCCCCCCGGGGGCAGCUCCGAAACAGGUUUUGGGUCUGGUCUCCCGCCACCAUCAGGGGUUGCGGGACCAGAGGACCCUUCUUCUUUGACCCUGGCAGACAUCUACCGUGAGCUAUACUCCUUCUUUGGUGACAGCUUGGCCACUCGCUUUGGCACUGGCCAGCCUGCUCCCACGGCCCCGCGACCACCCGGAGACAAGAAGGAGCCUGCCGCUGCCCCGGAUUCGGUGCGGAAAAUGCCGCAGCUGACUGCCAGCGCCGUGGUCAGCCCUCAGGGUGACGAAAGCCCGUGCGGUGGGACUCUCGCCACCGCCAACGCCGCCUCGGAGAGCAGGCCGCUACCGCGCGUACACCGGGCGCGGGGUGCUCCUCGUCAGCAGGGCCCCGGCGCGGGAACGCGAGACGUCUUCCAGAAGAGCCGCUUCGCGCCCCGUGGCGCCCCACACUUCCGGUUUAUAAUCGCAGGGCGUCAGGCCGGGCGGCGCUGCCGCGGGCGCCUCUUUCAAACUGCUUUUCCUGCCCCAUACGGACCCAGCCCCGCGUCCCGCUAUGUGCAGAAGCUGCCCAUGAUCGGCCGUACGGGCCGCCCGGCCCGCCGCUGGGCGCUCUCCGACUACUCGCUGUACCUGCCGCUGUGAGGCCGCGGCGCCUCGGAGAAUAAAGCCACA